CACACACACACACACACACACCACCUUCUGACAGAGCCGCCUUUCUCAUCCCACACUCCUUGACUUGGGCCCUCGCCCCUUGCCUCCGCCCCGCUGUCCCGCCUCUCGCGACCCCUUCUCUCCGACCCGAUUGCCGACGCCGUGCGACGAGUCAUCUGGCCAGAAGAGGUCCCGCGCGCCGCGAGCUCGCCCCGCACCAUCGAUACACACACAAACAAGGACACGCACACACACACACACACAAGGACACACACAGAUACGCCCACCCCUUCGACAGUCAAGGAUGGGCCAAAAGCAAGCCUACAAACGGUCCAAGACCUCCCGGCUGGCGGGGCUGAUCAUCUUCUUCCGCGCGGCCUUCUGCCUGACGGUCUUGGGGCUCGGCAUCGCCGCCAGCUAUACCUACUCCCUGAGCGGGUACCUGGAGCAGAUGCACGAACGAACGCGCUCCGCCGCGCACGGGGCAUGCAUGCUGGCGGAGGACACCCUGCGCGGGGCGGUGGCCCUGCCGGAGCGCGCGGCCCAGGCCAUCGACGAGGCCCUGGUGUCGGCCACCAAUGCCGGGGCCGGGCUGCUGGAGGCCGCGGCAGCCGGGGCCACCUCCGGGGCGGUCGACGCGCUGGAAGCCUCCACCGAGAUGCUGGUCCGGGGGAUGACCUGCUCGGUGGACCAGCAGCUGGAGAGCCUGCUGACCCUGGCAGCCGGCCAGGCGGAUGCCGCGCAGCUGGUGGCCGACGGGUCGGUGCUGCUGGCACGCAGUGCCCUUCGAGCCGCGGAAAACAUCACCUCCAGCAUCCUGUCGGCCUUCGACCAGUUGACCCAGGGCGUGGUGCGCCAGUGGAAUGACCUGCUGGAUGGCCUGGCGCGGACCUUCCCCGGGCUGAAUGCCCCGGCGCUGAUGCUGCCGCCGGCCCCCCGGCGACCGACCUUCCCCCAAUUGGAGGAUGUGGAUGUGCGAGGCCCGGUGCUGGCGGCCCUGGCCCAGGUCCCGGCCCCGGGGUCGCUGGUGGGCGACACCGUCCAGCGGCAAAUCACCCGCGGGAUGGAGGCCCUGCGCGAGGUGGCCGCCGGGGCGCGGCCCACAUUGGAUCACCUCCGGCUGCCGGCCGGGUCUCGGCCGCUGGACGCGGCGGCCAGCAUGCGCGAGGCCCUGGCCCGGGCCGACGACGUGUUGAGCUUCUGCGCGCGGGUGGACUACCGGCCCCUGGACGAGGUGUUCCGCUUUGCGCGCAUGGUGGUGGACAUCGGCACCGCGGUGCUCAUCUGCCUGGCGGUCAUGUACGCCACCGGGGCCGGGCUCAGUGCCUACUCUUCCUACCGGUGGAAUCGCGUUCUCUGGCUGAGUGCCCUUCGUGGCCGGGGCCGGGAUGGCGACCGGCCGGCCGGCCAGCCGGGCCCAUGGCCCGACAAGAGCUGGUGGUCGCGCGCCAUCGCCGCCACUUGGACCUGGAUCCGGCACUUCCUGGCCGUGGCCCAUCACCCCCCCUCGCUGACCAUGCUGCUGAUCGGCCUCAUCGGGGUGGUCAUCUGUGCGCUGGUGCUCUUCGGCCUGCACCGGGCCGAGGAUAGCUUCAUCGAGCAGGUGGUCCCGGCCAUGACCGCCUCGCUGGAGGCCGCGUCGCAGGGGCUGCUACAGGUGACCAUGGAGGCGUCGGCCGCGGCCGCCGGCCGGGCCAAUGCCCAAAUCGCCGGCAUCGAGAAUGCCCUGGCAGCGUACACCCGGCUGAGCAAUGCCGGCCCGGUGGAGCUGUCCCCGGGCCCGGUGCUGGAUGCCCUGGACCUGAUCGACAAGACGUGGAAGCAAAAUGGCGCGUCGGUCUUCCUGCCGAUCUCCUGCACCAUCGACACCAUCAAGCGGGUCCUGGCCGGCCUGAGUCAGGUGGACUUCGCGGCGCUCCUGCCGCGGCUGGCCUUCCCGCGCGUGCCGGAGGACAUCCUGGCCUUGGAUGCGUCGGCCGUGCCGCGCCUGGCGGGUGAUGGCAUUGCCACGGCCGCCAGCGCCUCGAUCGAGGCCUGCCGGCGGUACAUCCGCCAAACGCGCAACGGCUUCAUUGUCAUGCUCAUCUUCGGGGCAUGUGUCCCGGCGGCGGCCAUCAUCUACGCCACGGUCAUGGUGGUCCAGGGCCAGGGGCCGGCCGAUGACCCGGUGGCCGCCCACCGGCGCGCUCGCCAAUCGGCCAGCGGCCAGGAGCAGCAGCAGCAGCAGCAGGCCCCCCUGGAGAAGGAGGGCGCUGUCGCCGCAUCGCCGCCCAUCCCACCGCGCGGCAACGCCGGUCUGACCCACCGCGGCCCGGCGCCGGCUGCCGGGGCCACCGCCAUGGCCACGAACAUCCCGCCGCGGCCGCCCCGAUCCACGGACGGCUUCAUCGUCCGGCCGCCGCUCGGGGGAGGGGUCAGCCCACUCACGCAUGGGGGGUUCUGCCCGCCGCCCCCGGGACCAUCAUCCUUCUAGUGCGCCCCCCGUGGAGGGGGGACCCCCGAUGUGCGCCGCCGGGGCCCGGAGGCGAUGGGGCCCGAGCCAUGUGCCGGCGCCACCCAAUAUAGACAACACAUACACCC